GCAGGGAUUUCUUAACCAAUUGAGUUGGAAGUGCUCAACCGAUCACAUCGAUCUUUUCCUCAGGCCGUUGGAAUUCAGGAGCCACCCAGUUGAAUUUCAUGUAGCACGGUCAUUUGCUUCUUGUGCUUUGCCCACUCAUCGCGCAAUUCAGUUACGCUUUAGGAGUCAUAAAUAGGUAGCCUCACUUCAGGCAAACAAGCUAGUCAAGUAGUCAUUGUCAGAUUUAGCCUACUCCAUCAAGUAGUCGUUUACAUUCAGAUUCAGAGUUCUCCAUCCGAAUACCGAAACCUUCACGGCACAGAAAGAAUGGUUCCGAAUACAGUCCGUGUAUCAGUAGGAAUUCUAGGAAAUGCUGCAUCCAUGCUCCUCUAUGCAGCACCAAUAUUGACAUUCAGAAGGGUGAUUAAGAAGGGUAACGUUGAGGAGUUCUCAUGCGUGCCGUACAUACUAGCUCUGUUCAACUGCCUCUUGUAUACUUGGUAUGGGCUUCCUGUAGUGAGCUCUGGAUGGGAGAACGUCCCGGUUUCUACCAUCAAUGGACUGGGCAUACUGCUUGAGACCACAUUCAUCUGCAUACAUAUAUGGUUUGCGCCGAGAAAGAAAAAGAGGGUUGCCUUGCAAUUGGUGCUCCCUGUUCUGAUAUUCUUUGGCUUGACAGCAUUCUUCUCAAGCUUUAUGGUCCAGACGCACCACAUGCGAAAGGUUUUUGUUGGUAGUGUUGGUUUAGUGGCUUCGAUAUCGAUGUACAGCUCUCCAAUGAUAGCUGCAAAGCAAGUCAUAACGACGAAGAGCGUGGAGUUCAUGCCAUUCUACCUGUCACUGUUUUCCUUCCUGUCCAGUGCUCUGUGGAUGAUAUAUGGGCUCCUUGGGAGGGAUCUUUUCAUCGCAUCUCCAAACUUCAUCGGUUGUCCAAUGGGCAUCCUUCAGCUGGUGCUGUACUGCAUCUACAGGAGAAGUGACGGCGCAGCUGAAAAGCUCCAUGACAUCCGUCAGGAAAAUGGUCUGAAAGAAGUAACUAUGCAGCCACAGGAGAUAACUGGGACGAGGCCAGAGGGCCAGAAAAUAUGAUUGAUGUGUUUUUUCUGAAUUGGUAGCAGAAUUGCAGAACCAAGUUACCUUCAGAAAAAAUGUUGCCAGGAAGGAGGUAGCCUGAAGCGAUGGAUGUGGCUCACGGUCACGGGUCGUCACAUUACCAGAUUAGCUAAGUUGCAAUCUAUAACCGACAAGCUUACAUAUCUUUUUAUCUUUACCAUAACCCUUCAAAUAUGUAUA